GGAACAAGUAGACAUAGUUCAAAAGCCUGAACAUGAAUGGGAGAUGCCAGAUUUCAUUAAUGUUGAUCGAACACCAACAGAGUUUUUUGAAUUAUUUUAUGAUGACCAACUAAUUGAUUUGAUAGUUCAGGAAUUAAAGAACUACGCAAUGUUCAAAGGCCAUCAUACUUUUAAUGUAACAUCCCAUGAAAUACGUGUUUUUACUGGUAUUCUUUUAUUGAGUGAAUACUGCUCUGUUGCCAGAAAUCGUCUCUACUGGGACACAGGUGCAGACACGCAUCACCCAGGUGUAGCAGCAGCUAUGUCUCGGACCAGAUUUGAAGAAAUCCUUCGUUAUUUUCAUGUUGCAGACAAUAACAAUCUUGACGUUACAGACAAAUAUACCAAGAUCCGACCUCUUUGGAAAUACUUAAAGGAAAAGUGGUUAGAAUAUUUUCCUAGAGACGCGAAUGUUAGCAUUGAUGAAUCAAUGGUAAGGUAUUUUGGGAGGCAUGGUGCAAAACAGCACAUACAUAAUAAACCAAUAAGGUUUGGUUUUAAAGUUUGGUCGAUGUGUACACGUUUAGGCUACAUUAUUCAAGGUGAACCUUACCAGGGUGCAUCUACAGGCAACACCCAUCCACAUUUAGGUUGUGGAGGGUCAGUGGUAAUGAACCUGGUCAAAAGACUUCCCUCUGACAGUAAAUAUAGCCUGUUUGUAGAUAAUUACUUUACAUCACUGCCUCUUUUAGAAGAACUCAAGGAAAAUGGGCAUGAUUGUACUGACACAAUUAGAGUUGACAGAAUCGAGAAGGCUCCGUUAACUGACCACAAAUUAUUUAAAAAACUAAAGAGAGGAAGCUUUGAGCAAUUAAGUGACAGAAAGUCAGGAACUACUCUUGUCAGAUCCAAUGAUAAUAGUGUUGUCACACUUGCAUCAAAUCGUGCUGGAGUAUCUCCCAUGGGUUCAUGCAACCGCUGGUCACAGCAGGAGAAAAGACGAAUUAGUGUCAAGCGACCACUGUGUGUUGGAUUGUACAAUUUAUACAUGGGGGGAGUUGAUAGGCUUGAUCAAAAUGUCUUAGCCUACAAACCAACCAUAAGGAUGAAGAAGUGGUAUUGGCAACUUAACUUAUUCCCACUUAGUUGCAGCAUGAACAACGCCUUUCAGUUGUAUAAGCUAAGCCCAGCCGGCAAAAGUAAAGAUGCUUUCGACUUUCUUGGGUUUAUCAGAGAAGUAGUUCAAGUGUACCUGAGAAGAAAUGUAGACCGUCCAUCAAUUGGAAGACCAUCUAAGAAGUCGAGGAUCCGUGUUCCAGAUGGCUUAUGCUUGGAUGGCAUCGGCCAUUUGAUUGUCUCAAAUACCACUCGAAUACGCUGCGCUGAAUGCCACAAGAAUACACCAAGAAAUGUCAGAAAUGUUCAGUAGGAUGCCACGCCAAUUGUUU